UGCCAGAGAGCUGUCUCCUCAUUCUGGUUGGAUUACUUCUAGGUGGAAUUAUGUUUGGAGUGCAGGAAAAGUCUCCACCCGUAAUGAAGAGUGAUGUUUUUUUCUUGUACCUUCUUCCCCCGAUUGUCCUCGAUGCUGGCUACUUUAUGCCAACACGCCUCUUCUUUGAGAACUUCGGCACAAUCAUCUGGUAUGCAGUCAUAGGGACCCUCUGGAAUUCACUUGGCAUUGGCAUUUCCCUCUUUGGGGUCUGCCAGGUUGCUGCCUUUGGCUUGAGUGAUAUCACUCUGCUGCAAUGCCUCCUCUUUGGCAGCUUGAUUUCAGCUGUGGAUCCUGUGGCGGUGCUGGCUGUGUUUGAAAAUAUUCAUGUCAACGAACAGCUGUACAUCUUAGUUUUUGGAGAGUCCUUGCUGAAUGAUGCUGUAACAGUGGUCCUGUACAACUUGUUCAAGUCUUUCUGUCAGAUGCAGACAAUCAAGGCCAUUGACAUAUUUGCGGGAAUUGCUAAUUUCUUUGUAGUUGGGAUUGGCGGAGUCUUGAUUGGAAUUAUUCUGGGAUUCGUAGCGGCUUUUACUACUCGUUACACCCAUAAAGUCCGGGUGAUUGAGCCUCUAUUUGUCUUCUUAUAUAGCUACCUGUCAUACAUAACUGCUGAAAUGUUUCAUCUCUCAGGCAUUAUGGCGAUUACAGCUUGUGCUAUGACCAUGAACAAAUAUGUGGAAGAGAAUGUUUCUCAGAAGUCUUACACCACCGUAAAGUAUUUCAUGAAGAUGCUGAGCAGUGUCAGUGAGACUCUUAUCUUCAUCUUCAUGGGCGUGUCCACCGUUGGAAAGAAUCAUGAGUGGAACUGGGCCUUUGUUUGCUUCACCCUCCUCUUUUGUUUGAUCUGGCGAGCACUGGGUGUUUUUGCAUUGACUCAGAUCAUUAACCUGUUCCGGACUAUUCCCUUGACAUUUAAGGACCAAUUUAUUAUUGCCUAUGGAGGCCUCCGUGGAGCCAUAUGCUUUUCUUUGGUUUUCCUACUUCCCGCUGCUGUGUUCCCCAGAAAGAAGCUGUUCAUUACUGCUGCUAUUGUGGUGAUAUUCUUCACUGUUUUCAUUCAGGGGAUAACAAUUCGCCCAUUGGUGGAAUUUCUGGAUGUUAAAAGGUCAAAUAAAAAGCAGCCAGUGGUCAGUGAGGAGAUUUACUCUCGGUUUUUUGAUCAUGUGAAGGCUGGAAUUGAAGAUGUAUGUGGACACUGGGGUCAUAACUUUUGGAGAGACAAAUUUAUAAAAUUUGAUAAGAAGUACCUGCGGAAACUUCUAAUUCGGGAAAACCAGCCCAAAUCAAGUAUUGUUUCUCUCUACAAGAAACUUGAAAUAAAGCAUGCCAUUGAGAUGGCAGAGACUGGGAUGAUAAGCACGGUACCAUCUCUAGCUUCUAUCAGUGAACAUCAAGAUGAAAAAGUGGUAACCUUCUCUCCUGGUGAGAUAGAUAAUAUACGAGACAUAUUAACAAAGAACCUCUAUCAAAUACGGCACAGAGCUCCUUCAUACAACAGAUAUAGCCUGGCUGAAGAUGCAAAUGAGAAACAGGCCAAAGAAAUUUUGAUCCGUCGCCGACACAGCUUAAGAGAGAGCAUUAGGAAGAGCAAUAGUUUGUCAAGACCGGUACUGGCUGCCAACAAAGCAGCGCGCUACAUGUCGCUACCUAAAAACACAAAACUCCCCGAGAAACUACAGAAAAGAGAUAAAUUCUCUUUCAAAGUAGGUGACGGCAGUGAUUCUGAAUCUGAUCACACUACAGUGCUAAAUUUAAAAUCCCAAGCAGGAAGGAUUUUAAGACACCAGAGACUUCGACAGCAGCAGGAAAAAAUGGAAUGGAGCAGUGAAAUGGACACAGAUAACCAAGAGCCUAUCCAUCCUCAGGGAACCAGGGGCUUCAGGCAACCUCUCCUGCCUCGUCCAACAUUUGGCACACUGUGUGAAGAAGAUGCAACUGAAGACAAUGGAUCGUUCAAACCCAUUCCACCACCUCGAUUAGCCCGGCAGGCAUCAGAAGCAGAAAGGCCUGGAAAGAAAUGAUAGAAUAAGCCAUAUUGA